AUGAAUUUGCAUUGCUGGGAAACUCCAAGUGAACCGUUCCAAAAGGACCAUGUUGACUUAGCGGGGCCAUUCUUGGACACCUACUUCUUCAUCUACGUCGAUGCCUUCAGCAAAUGGCCGGAUGUCCAAAUAUGCAAAUCAAUCACUGCCGAAAGUACCGUCAACAUGUGCCGUGAGAUCUUCAGUAAGUUCGGCAUUCCGUCAGUACUGGUGAGCGAUCAUGGAGUCCAGUUUACUUCGGAGGCUUUUCAGCAGUUUCUGAAAAUGAAUGGGGUCGUGCAUAAGAUGGGCGCGCCGUACCAUCCAGCAACGAACGGCCAAGCUGAGCGAUAUGUGCAGAUUAUCAAACAGAAGUUGAAGGCGUUGAAGUGCUCCAAGUCCCAGCUGAAUCUGGAGCUAUGCAACAUACUACUAACCUACCGUAAAAUGAUUCAUCCAUCAACCGGGAAGUCGCCGUCAAUGCUCGUGUUCGGUAGACAAAUCCGUUCGAGACUUGACCUGUUGUUGCCGAAAAAUGAGCCUACAAGCAAAGCGGACAUUGUCGUACGUCAGUUCCUGGACGGCGAUCGAGUGCGUGUGCGUGACUUUUUGUCUAGCAGCAAGUGGAAGUUUGGAAGAAUUGCCGAGAAAGUUGGGAAGCUACGAUAUGCAGUGCGAUUGGACGAUGGACGAAUUUGGGAGCGCCACAUUGACCAUAUUGUUGGUGUUGGCGCGAAUCUACAGGGAGAUCCGGUGGACCCUCCGAGGCGUGAGGUGUUCAUUGAACGCUACGAGUCAAUCAAUCCUACUACUCCGGCGGUGUCUCCUACUGCUGCCGAACCUGUUGCGGAGGCUGCUGGUGCAAUACCGGUGGUUCCUAGCCGCCAUUCCACAACGAAAUCGACUCCUGCUCCUGUUUCGGAGAGUUCUUCGGCUACCGAGGCUAGCCAAUCUGCUGUGUCGGAGUCUACAACACCGUUACGACGAUCCAGUCGUGUGAUCAAACCUCCUCAGAGAUUGAACUUGUAA